GUUUCGAUCAUAACAAACGUCACGCGAAUUGCAGACCAAAACAAAGGCUAUUUAAAAUUUUCCUGCAAGUUCUUUCAGUUUUCCAAGCUGUUAACGGUCUUAUUCGCACCUCUAUGUAGUGGGAGGAGGCGUCUGAAGGCCUAUCUCAAAAACCCAUCUGCGCCUGGCCUGGGGGCCAGAAUGUCGCGAAACGUCCAACGCCGCCCAGAAAGACCCCCAUCCGAUGAGUCCUCGGACGAAGAGCAGGCUGCCGCCUCAAUCAACAAUUCAAUGAAUACCUCCCUGAGCCAGCAAGAGUGCUCAGUGUGCAUCUCGGUCGUGGAGCUGCCUGUGAGGCUGCCAUGCGCCCACCUUUUCUGCUACACCUGCGCCAAGGGCCUCGCACAGACCAGCAACUCCUGCGCCAUGUGCCGCAGUCCCAUUCCCAUAGACUUCCUGCUCGAGCCCGACAAAUACGUCGUAGGCAUAAUUAAAGAGCCCAGCAAUGAACACUCCUGGUUCUACAUGGGCUGCAACGGUUGGUGGAUGUACGAGCCACGAGUUCAGACUGAGAUAGAGGAGGCGUUUAAGAGCGGAGAGAAGACGUUCAAGGCCCUGAUUGCCGGCCACUUGUACGUGGUGGACUUUGAUAACAUGUUUCAGUACCGCAAAGACUUUCCUUCGAAGCGGCGGAAGAUCAAGCGUGACCUCACCAGCAGCAGUCACAAGGGACUAGCUGGCUUGAAGCAAGAAAUGCGACCUGAAUUUCCUCUCGGAAAGGAGUAAUCGUCGAUUCUUCGUCUGACUGGAAUGUUUCGCAGUGUUAAAAUUGGGGGAAAUGGCGGAUAGCUUUUUACGAUGAUUUUUAACUGACUAUCUUUUUGAGCCUGUGAUGAAUACUUAUUAUAACUUACUGACAAAGGGGUUCUUGCCACACAUUGCUACCUCCUGCCUAGGAUUUCAGUGGCUUCUCUCUGGAGGUGUCUCUUGUGGUUUACAAGUUAAAUUUUCUCGUGAUUGCAAUGGAUAAUUUUUAAUUAAAAGCUUUUGCUUGUGUUGGAACCCGUUUUCAUUUAAUAGCGACUUUUACUGAUUUUUUAUUUAAGUAGAAAAUUUGUUAUGCCAACUUGUUUGCAUUGAAUCUUCUUGUAUACAGAGGUGACUGUUUUAUUAUACAAAAAUUUCAGCUUCGUUGCAUUGGAAUGAAUUAUAAAAAUAGUGUUAACAUUUUAACUAUAAGAAUAAUAAUGGUAUUACAGCGCA